AUGUCUGUUUCCUGUUUCCUCUGCUGCAGUGUCCCCGCCAUCCCUCUGCAACGGAAUGGAUCCACCGGUGUGAGCUCAGCCCUUGCAGGCAUGGCCUCCAUUUUGAUGUCAGCAGUGGGACUCGGCGUGCGCUUCACGAGUGCCCCCCUCCCGCACCCCUCCUCCUCCGUUCCUCCUCCCCCCAGCAGCACCAGCAGGCCCGCAGGCUCCAAAACUCACAGCAGCAGCUCGGUUAGGAGGGCAAAGAGGCAGCACAGGACAGCCCAGAAACCAGAGGAUGUCAUUCACCGCUACAUGGAGGAAGUGGCCUCUGCUCAAGACGAGGACUGCAUGAUCUGUAUGGACCGGCUGUCGUGUCCGUCGGAUUACGCCGUGGCGUCCGAGGGAGCACAAUCCAUCCCACCCGGCGCUGUGGGAAAGUUCACCAAGUGUGGACACACCUUGCACAUGCUCUGCAUGCUUGCCAUGUACAACAAUGGAACCAAGGAUGGCAGCCUCCAGUGCCCGUCAUGCAAGACAAUCUAUGGGGAGAAGACUGGGACCCAGCCCAAGGGCAAGAUGGAGAUCUAUAGUAUCGCACAGUCCCUCCCCGGCCACCCAGACUGUGGAACUAUCCAGAUAAUUUACAGCAUUCCCCCUGGGAUACAGGGUCCAGAGCACCCUAACCCGGGGCAGCCAUACACCUGUAGAGGCUUCCCUCGCUUCUGCUUCCUCCCAGACAAUGACAAGGGCCGAAAGGUGCUUGAACUGCUGAAGGUAGCGUGGACGCGGCGCCUCAUCUUCACAGUGGGCACGUCUAGCACCACGGGCGAGCCCGACACGGUGGUGUGGAAUGAGAUCCACCACAAGACUGAGAUGAUGUCCAACGUGUCAGGCCACGGCUACCCGGACCCCAACUAUCUGGAAAAUGUGCUGUCCGAGCUGUCCUCCCAGGGGGUGAACGACGACUGCCUGGUCAAACAGGAGGGCCCCAGCCAGGGAGGAGCGUCAAACUCUGGACUGUGAAACUGACCCUGAAUCAGUUUCCUCAUAAUGUCACUACUUCAACAUAGAGAACAUAUUCACAUUCCCACUUGGAUGUUUUUUUGUUUUUUUAAUCUUAUUAAAUAUUCAAUGCGAAGCAGAUAUGUCAAAGUGCAGUGUGCAGAAUACUGCACUUACUGAUAAUGUGGGGUUUGUCGUGGACUUUAUUUGCUGUAGUAGCGCUCCACCAGCUCUUGGUUUAGUCACCUGUUCCCUAUAUAGUAAACUACUUUUGACCAGGCUUCUGGUCAAAAGUACUGCACUACAUAGGGAAUAGGGUGCCAUUUUAGACAACCCUUUUCUUGAAAAAAAGUCAUGUGCUUUUUUUGGGGGGGAGCAGCCUGAUGUGUCGCACCUCUUGGCAUGCUCCAUGAAAGGUGGCAGCUCUUGCGUAGGAACACAGACGUCGGUAGCACUUUAGUUUUGACAGUGCAUUUAAUUAACACUUAUAGUAAUUACCAGGUUAAUAUCUGUAAUUGUUUUUCAAAUUGGUAUAUUAUGCAAAUACUUUAGUGAUAUUUCUCUUGAAAAGCAAUGUAGGCCUACUUAGGCAAAUCACUGUAUACACAAACACAUUAAAUACUAUACAAAAUGGUAGCAAAGUGAGUACCUGCUUGAUUGUGUUAUAAUGGGAGGGGGGAGAGAACUGUUUAAUUGGUAAUUUUCAUAUUUGUCAGUAAUGAAAGCACUGUAAAGGAACAGAUGUCUGUAAAUGCCAGUUCAUUAAGAAGCAUAACAUGGAAGAGAAACUUCUCACUUUGCCUUUGGUUCAGCAUAAUAUAAAUAUUUAAAUGCAUUAACCAUUUGUAAUAUUUUUAGUUUUACCUAAUUUGAUGGGAAACGUGGAUUUGUAAUGCACUCAUGCUUAAUGCAGACUGAGCUGGGCCUGUAUUCACAAAGUAGCAGUGCUGAUAUUGAUCAGGUCCUCCCUGGCCUAUGUAAUCUUAUUCUAUAAGGCAAAACUCAUCCUAGAUCACCCCUCCUACUCUGAUGCUUUAUGAAUACAGACCCUGAUGCUUUGCUACACACCCACUUAGAGCUACAGAGAAGUAUGGAGACCUCCUUAAAGUUGAACUUUGGAAGCGUUUGUGCAUCUUGGAAAGCUUACAGGGACUCUUGACCUGAGCCCUAUACUACGUACAUUGUUUUGAGGAGUUGGCAAGGUAACUUUGGUCAGGUACAGGUACAACGAAAGUGGCUCAUCUUUGAGCCAGGUACAUUUUUAAAUGGCAACGAGUCCUUUUAGAACUAACCAGCUCCAGGGCAGGCUGUGUUCACAUUGCCCUAAAAAAGUGAACUGGGCUGUGGAAUUCAAGCGAACUGAACUUUGACCAGCUCUUGAUGGUCUGUUUGAUUCUCUUGAGGGGUCUGAGAUCCUUUUGGAGAAUUGCCUGGAAGGGGGGGGGACCAAGUGUGAAAACACCCUUAGAAAACCUUGAGUAGAUCUCACUUAAAAAGAGGAAGGGAAGUGCUACUAAGAUUUCACUUCAAUUGUAGUAUAGGUCUACCCCCUCAGCUUUGCACUAGAAUAUUUAAAAACAGAAAAACGACUACCACAGGUCAAUUCACUUUCUCUGACAAUCUGGACAAAAUAGCAUAGCCAUCAAGAGCAGUCUGGAGUUUUCUUUUUCGGCAUGUUUAGGGUAUAUUAACCUGGAUCGUUCAAUUCCACAGUACUGCUGUCCAACAUCCAGUUAGGUGACAUUUUACUCAGUAUUCAGGUGUAUGCAAGCAUUUUGAAAAUGUUCUCCGCAAUAAAGAACUGAUAAAUGAAUUCCA